AUGCCUCCCAGGAUACCGACACGCUUCACGGCGCAGUGCUGUCGCGCGGCCCUCGAGACCCCAAAGUCGCAGUCGCAAUCCCUCAUUGGCGCCUUCGCCGCCCUCUCGGUGCAGCAGACCCGUCACGCCUCCAUCCUCGCCGAUCUCAGGGACAACCGCGGCGCAUACCAGAAGCGCGUCCGUGUCGGUCGAGGUCCCUCGUCGGGCAAGGGCAAGACGUCCGGAAGAGGUCACAAGGGUCAGAAGCAGCAUGGCAAGGUCAAUCCGUGGUUCCAGGGUGGUCAGACGCCCUUGAUCUACUCUAGAGGUCGCAUGGGUUUUGAGAACCUUCGCGCCCCCGUCAUGUCAGAAGUCAACCUCGACAAGCUUCAAGAAUGGAUAGACCAGGGCCGAAUCGACCCCACGAAACAGAUCACGCCAAAGGAGAUUAUCCAGUCAAAUCUAGUCGGUAGCAUCAAGGACGGCGUCAAGAUCCUCGCCCGCGGCGCAACCACCCUGAAGCAGCCCAUCGACGUCAUGGUGUCGCGCGUCUCGGCCGCCGCCAUCGAGGCCAUUGAAAAGGCCGGCGGCAAGGUCGUGACCCGCUACUACACAAGGCAGUCCAUCAAGAGGCUGGUCGAGGGCAAGAGCGUCAACACGGAUCUGCCCCUGCCCGUGGGCUCCGAGAACGUCGGCCCCGUGCUGGAGCAGGUGCGGCAAAAGGGCUUCUUCUACCGCCUGCCCGACCCGACGAGCCGUUGGGACGUUGAGUACUACCGAGACCCGGCGCACCGGGGUUACCUGAGCCACCUGCUCAAGCCCGGCGAGUCGCCCUCGCUCUUCUUCAGAGUGCCGCCGAGCAAGCUCGUCAAGGCCAAGAAGCAGAAGACGGAGAAGAAGGAAGACACCAAGCUCUGGUAG